CACGAAAAAUAUAUAUUUGUGUCAGAAAGAAGUUUCUAUUGAUUUAUUUUCAAGUUGCAUACGACAUACAACAUCGACUCUUCCAGAGUUAUUGCAAUAAUCCAAAUAAAUGACGAAAAAGUAAUCUUCGGUAAACUGUCGAUAACCAUAAACUUUUGAAUAAACGUGUACUAUACAUUUCACGUCGUUACGUCGAUAGCACCGAUUGAGGUUAGCAUUGGGGGUAUUAGCUUUACUCCUUCGACCACCACAAGCCACAUGGACCAUAACUCGCAACGGUUUUAAAUUUUCAUGACACGUGCUACGUGCUGAAUUCAAACUUCAUCUAAAAACAAAGUUGUUAUACUCCUGUAAAACUGGGAAAAUAAGUGAAAAGAAUCAACAGUGUAAGUUGUUUACCGAAUCUCAACGUGAUAUUCCGUGUGGAGUGUGUUACUGAAUUUUGGAAAGGCGACUGUGAAUCUAUGUUUCCUGAGCUCGCAGAGUGAACAGAAUCAGUAUCUCACAUAACCUCUGCGAAAAAAAUGUGAUCGAAAUACUUUAAUUUUCUAUAUCCGUGAAAAUUGAAAAAAAAUUAUUGACACCACGAAAAAUACGAUUAAGUGCAUUGAAAAAUGAGUGAUUCGGAGUCCGAGACCGCAGCAAAAAAAUUUGGACCAGUGGACGACGCUUGGUCCCUGAAAAUCCCCGAAUUCAAACCAGAGCACAAUCCACAUCGCCUGUUGGAGGAAAGUUCCUUUGCGACAUUAUUUCCAAAGUACAGAGAGCAAUACUUGCGACAAUGCUGGCCGCUUGUUCAAAAAGCACUUGGGCAACACGCGUUGAAAGGAGAGCUCGAUUUGAUAGAGGGAAGUAUGACGGUUAAAACGACCCGAAAAACCUGGGAUCCUUACAUAAUAAUAAAAGCUCGAGACAUGCUGAAACUCAUGUCUCGUUCUGUGCCGUUCGAACAGGCCGUCAGAGUUCUUCAGGAUGACAUUGGUGCCGAUAUAAUAAAGAUCUCGUCGUUGGUAAGGAACAAGGAAAAGUUUGUGAAAAGGCGUCAGCGUCUGAUCGGGCCGAACGGCUGUACACUAAAGUCGAUAGAGCUUUUGACGGACUGCUAUGUUCUGGUGCAAGGUCAGACAGUCGCGGCGCUUGGGCCUUACAAGGGUUUACAGCAAGUAAGAAAAAUAGCGGAGGAAACAAUGAAAAAUAUUCAUCCAAUUUACAACAUCAAAGCAUUGAUGAUAAAGCGUGAAUUGGCCAAAGAUCCCAAAUUGAAGAAUGAGAAUUGGGAGAGAUUUUUGCCAAAGUUCACAAACAAAAAUGUCACCAAGAGAAAACAGCCGAAGAACAAAAAAUUGAAGAAGCCUUAUACUCCGUUCCCGCCACCUCAGCAAGAGAGCAAACUGGACAAGCAGCUCGCCUCUGGAGAAUAUUUCCUUAAAGACGAGCAGAAAAGAGCAAGAAGGAAAAAGGAACAGGACGAAAGACACCAGGAAGCGGCUAAGAAGAGAGAAGAACAGAGGGCGCAGGCCUUUGUUCCACCUGCCGAAGAGAAAUCGUCUGCGACAACUGUCAAAAGAAAGAAUGACGUCGAUGUACAGGAAUUGAAGGAAAAAGUGAAAAAAGGUUUAAAAAAACGUAGCAAAAAAGCGUAGAUCCAUUAACGAUUGAUAAGAGACUCAUUUGUACAAAGAACUCGUCGAUAAAUAAAAUAAUACGUUUUGGAAAUA